UUGUCACAAAUCAGACUAAUCGAUUAUUCGGUCCAGAAAGCAUAUCCAGGGCGUUACUUUUUUCCCGAGCGAGAGGCGAGAUAGCGAGAGCUAUUUACUCAAUCGGCGUAGUGUCUUAGGUCUUAAUUGGCAACUGAUAGACAUAAACAUCUUUGAUAUUGACAUAAACGCUCAUCUUUUGCGCAUGCGUGGUGUAGUACGACAGUAUCUCACUCCAGUAGCGCUCAUUUACGUCUCGUCUGGCAUCAGUCGGGUGCUGUACGCAGUGGCUGACUGUCCUUCUUGCUAGCCGCUUGUUAGUAGGCUGCUCAACACUGGUCUUGCUCAUUGCAAACCUCAAACCACAAACUGGGAAAGGGAGUUAAUCAUCUUGACUUUUGCGUCUUCGUUUUUCGCCUUGCGCCGCCUCCCGUGUUGUGCAAACCGAGGAACACAAAACCCUCCGCUGCUCAAGGCGUCUUCACCGUGCGGAGAUCAUGAAUGACUGUUAGCCUUGGGGACGCAGCCAAUAAGAUCAUUAUAGUAGUUUCAAUAGAUGAAUAAAGAUUGUUGUAGCUUGUUGUCCUUGACUCGGGCCCGGGCUGGUGACCAAUCAGAGCCGCACACGCUGGAAGGUGGCGCUCUCCCGGCUUGUUUUGCGCCCAUCGCGGUUGCACCCCAGGGAGUGUCCGUGAAACGCUCAGCUGCUCACAUUGAUAAGGAAACUCGGCCCAUUCAAAGAGUCAAAAGUCACAUUAUUACACCAUGUUUGUCGUUUUCGCUUUAGCCGUCCUGUAGCCUGACUUGUAUUGUAAAGAGCGCCAGACAGUUUCCUGCUGUGCGUGCCUGCGGACAACUAGAGGACAUGUGGAUGCCCAUGAUUGGCCUGACUGCCCUGCCACACCUUGGAGGGCUCUAUGGCGGCUACAUCACACGCAAAGAAGUGAAGACCUGGUACCCGACCCUUCAGAAACCAUCGUGGCGCCCGCCAAAUGCAGCUUUCCCUGUUGUGUGGACUUGUCUGUAUACGGGCAUGGGCUAUGGUUCCUACCUGGUGUGGAAGGAGCUUGGAGGCUUCACUGAAGAUGCACUGGUGCCCAUGGGACUUUAUGGGCUGCAGCUCGCACUAAACUGGGCCUGGACCCCCAUCUUCUUUGGUGCACACAAGCUGAAAUGGGCUCUCAUUGAGAUUGUGAUGCUCACUGGAACUGUUGGAGCGACCAUGCUCUCCUGGUAUCCCAUCAGCCGCACCGCCACCCUGCUGCUGGCACCCUACCUGUCAUGGCUGUGCCUCGCCACCUCCCUCAACUACUGCAUAUGGAGAGACAACCCCGAGAAGAAAGAGGAAUAGGAGGCAGCUGUGUGGUUUGAAUGAGCACAACUUAAAUUUGGGAAAAGAAAAUAGGCGGGAUCACAUCGUAAUAACAACUUGAUUCAGAUGUCUCUUCGCCUGACUCAAACAAAUCUGAUUGUUACAAGGUUAAAAAUCAUAUGCUGUCAGUUUAAAUCCAGUCAGUGGAUACAAUUUGUAAUUUAAGUUUUGCUUAAAGAAAAGGGAAUAUUUGAAAACACUAUCAAACAUUAAAAUGUGUGAUGUGAAC